UAACGUGGUAUUUCAACACACUUAAAAAACUACUUUUGACCUUUUAGAUUCAACACCUUUAUUCAAGAGAAUAUGGUAGGAUGUGGUGGACUAACAUUUCACCUCAGUGUGCACUGACCUUUUUAAUACACACUCAGACUUUGUCAGAUAGUCCUACUUCUCUUUUUACUUGAACUUCUCAUUUGCUUUUGAAUGCUAUAAAAGGGCAUAAUCAAGCAUCCAUUUGAAGUGCCCUCGUCUUUUAUCACCAAUUGGACUGGAUUCUACCGGUGGAACUGCGUCUUAUAUUUGUAUUCGACUGAAAAUUGGAUUCGAAAAUGCUCCACUACAAGUUUGAAACCACGUGUUUGUUUUAGACAGAAAAAGGAAGUAGAAGUUGACAGGCGCUGGUCUCCGUCUGUGUGUUGGAUGCCAAUCACGAUGAGACUUCUAAUCGUCCUUCUAAUCCUAAAAGUGACAUCAGGUGAAUCCAGGGAAGUCACUGGGUACAUUGGGGAGAGCGCCACCUUGCUCUCAGGAGCGGACCCGAAUAGGACUCUUUCCACGAUCAACUGGUCAAUAUACACAAAUAACACCUAUAUCGCCACCUUAUCCAAAGGGACAAUACAGCUGGAGUGGUUUGGUCGAUAUAUAGGGAGACUCAGUCUUAACAACUCCUCAGGUGACUUAACUAUCCGCAAUUUGACUUCAAAGGAUGCCAUGCAGUACAGUGUAGACCUCACCGAUACUAAGAGACACAACAGCGCACACAAGAUUGAUCUCAAAGUGAAACAACGCCUCCAGAAGCCGACGAUAGACACGGCCUCUCUUCCAGCAGCAGCAGGAAGCUGUUGGUGGCGGCUGAAUUGUUCCUCAACGGAAAAAGUCAACAACUUGUUCUGGCAUGAUGAAACUUUCAUCAGCGAGACCCAUCCUAAAGGCAGCUCUGCAGUUCUUUUGGCCUUUCUGGAGAGCACAGAGAUGCAGGCUGAAUUCAGGUGCACCUCCAUCAGGAACAGGGAGAACGCCUCAAAUGUUGUCACUUUAAAAUGUGAUGACAAGCCGAAGCACAGGAAUCAUUAUAUGUUGCUGUUUUUUGUGGGAUACCUCCUGGGAGUUUUCCUGACAUUAUGUUUAGUAUCUAUCGGAGAGAAAUCUACAACUGCAUAAAAACAUCAACUUCUCAAGAUGCCAAAACUACAGUCUAAAUAGAGUGGUGGUUCAAAUGGUUCAAAUGAAUGUGUGGGAAAGUGAUUUUUAUUUGUAUCCGUUAAACACUUUUUUACUUUUGAAAUUGCUACCAUUUUGUUGUAAAAGUGUACAUUUGUAUCCAUAUUAUGUCGGUAUAUGUAUAAUAAUUGUGUUAUUUAAGCAAUUAUGGUUUUAAAGGUCAAAAAUACAUUGUUUUUUAAGAUAAAUGUUUGCACUUUUGUUUAUUAUUAACCACUGACUGUGUUCAGUAACACCAGUACAUUCUGCAUACAAACAAUUUGAAUUAAAUUAAAUGCAUGUUUUGUUUUUUCUUGUACAAACGUUGUACUGUUGUGUUUAAUCAUUCACCGAACCAAACAUCUGCACAAUAUUGAUAAAAGCUUCCUAUAUUCAUGUUUAGC